AAGGAAACAGUCGGUUUCGAUUUCGUAUAUACUUAAAAACACAUUACCUCAUAUUAUGGGGCGUGGUGCCGUCUCUAAAUUCCCUGCUGCAUAGCGCAUACAUUUAUUAGCAGCACAAAUCAGUCUUGUGAAGGAAAACAUUUUCCCAUCCUUCGGCUGUUCUCACUCGAAAUCUUCGAAAUCAUGACGGGCGCUGGUGCAGUUGCGUUGGCUCCACUGGCGCUCACUGCGGCUGGAUCCACCUCCGCCGGUAUCGCAGCAAGUUCUCUGGCGGCCAGCAUGAUGUCAUCAGCAGCUGUAGCCAAUGGGGGUGGUGUGGCUGCAGGAAGUUUGGUGGCUGUCCUCCAGUCAGCAGGUGCUGCUGGGAUGUCUACGGUGGUUACAGCAGGUGCGGCAUCUGUGGGCGGAGCCACGGGUGCUAUAUUAGGACUGUUCACCAUUACUGGGAAUACAGCUGGGGCUGGUGCUGCUGGGAUGUCUACGGUGGUUACAGCAGGUGCGGCAUCUGUGGGCGGAGCCACGGGUGCGGCAUCUGUGGGCGGAGCCACGGGUGCUAUAUUAGGACUGUUCACCAUUAUUGGGGUUACAGUUGGGGCUGCUGGUGCAGUUGCGUUGGCUCCACUGGCGCUCACUGCGGCUGGAUUCACCUCCGCCGGUAUCGCAGCAAGUUCUCUGGCGGCCAGCAUGAUGUCAUCAGCAGCUGUAGCCAAUGGGGGUGGUGUGGCUGCAGGAACUUUGGUGGCUAUCCUCCAGUCAGCAGGUGCUGCUGGGAUGUCUACGGUGGUUACAGCAGUUGCUGCAUCUGUGGGCGGAGCCACGGGUGCUAUAUUAGGUGGAGCUGCUGAUUUGUUGAAGACCUUCUUCUGACAAAUUAUCACAAAGUCUGCACAGUCACAUGUUAUAAAAGGCAUUUGGCAGCACCUUGCAUGUCAUGUUAUAAUGUGCACAACUUUUAAUGAUAAUGACUGUUUUUAAAAUAAAAAGCAGCUUGAAGUA